CCUGUCUCUCAGAGGCGGUAUCGCGAUGUAUGAAUAUUGAUUACGCAGCGCCCGCGCGCAGUGCCCGCCCCUCUGGGCUGCUCGACGCUCGUGGCUCGCGCCCAGGCUCGCGAUGGGGAAGAAGUCCCGGGCGGUACCCGGCCGCAGGCCUAUCUUGCAGCUCUCUCCGCCGGGGCCUCGCAGCAGCACGCCGGGUCGGGACCCGGAGCCGGAACCCGACCCCGAACCGGACUCGACGGCGGCGCCGGUCGUGCCGGCGCCCAGUCAGCCGGCCCCGGCCCCGGCGGCGGCGGCGGCCGUGGCCGUGGCGGUGGCUGCUGCACCGCCCGCGGCCCCCGCGGCGCCCGCGCCGGCGCUCACGACCACGACGACGCCCGCGGUGCCUGCCGCCGCGGCCCCCGACGACGCGCCUGCAGUGGAAGAUGAACAGGAAGUGGUGGUUGUGGAGGCUCCCAGAGUUGUUCCGACCCCUCCUAAACCAGUCAUGACUGCCAGACCCACAGCUGUUAAAGCAACAGGAGGUCUGUGUUUACUUGGUGCAUAUGCUGACAGUGAUGAUGAAGAGAGUGAUGUUUCAGAAAAACCAGCACAACCCAAAGAGGCUAAUGGAAACCAGUCAACAGAUAUUGAUAGUACAUUGGCCAACUUCCUAGCGGAGAUUGAUGCUAUAACAGCUCCUCAGCCUUCAGCUCCUGUAGGAGCUUCUGCUCCGCCUCCAACACCACCUCGACCAGAGCCAAAGGAAUCAGCAGCCUCUGCCCUUUCUGCCACCACAUCAAAUGGAACGGACACAGCUCAGGCAGCGGUGUGGCAGUAUGAUACGCAGUGCUCUUUGGCAGGAGUUGGAAUUGAAAUGGGAGAUUGGCAAGAAGUCUGGGAUGAGAACACAGGUUGUUACUAUUAUUGGAACACACAAACCAAUGAAGUGACUUGGGAGUUACCCCCGUAUCUUGCCACGCAGGUACAGGGAUUGCAGCAUUACCAGCCCAGUUCCAUAACAGGUACUGAGCCUAACUUCGUGAUAAAUACUGAUUUGUAUAGCAAGGAAAAGAAUGUUUCUGUGUCCAGUAAUAAAAGUGGACCUGUCAUAGUCAAGCGAGAAGUUAAAAAGGAAGUCAAUGAAGGAAUUCAAGCACUCUCAAACAGUGAGGAGGAGAAGAAAGGGGUAGCAGCAUCACUCCUUGCACCUUUAUUGCCUGAGGGAAUAAAAGAGGAAGAAGAGAGAUGGAGGAGAAAAGUUAUUUGUAAAGAAGAAACAGUUUCGGAAGUGAAAGAGUCAAGUACAGCAGUGGAACCAGCCGCAGCAGUGGUGAAGCCACAGGAAGUUGUUUUGGACACUAUGGAAGACCCUUCUCAGGAGGAUCUUUGUAGUGUUGUUCAAUCUGGGGAAAGUGAAGAGGAAGAGGAGCAAGAUACCCUGGAACUGGAGCUGGUUUUGGAAAGGAAAAAAGCAGAAUUACGAGCUUUGGAAGAAGGAGAUGGUAGUGUGUCAGGGUCAAGUCCAUGUUCUGAUGUCAGCCAGCCAGCGUCUCAAGACGGAAUGCGUAGACUUAUGUCCAAAAGAGGGAAGUGGAAGAUGUUUGUUCGAGCUGCCAGUCCAGAAUCCACCAGCCGGAGUUCUAGCAAAACUGGAAGAGAGACUCCAGAAAAUGGAGAAACUGUAAUUGGUGCUGAAAAUUCAGAAAAAAUAGAUGAGCAUUCAGACAAAGAGCUUGAAGUAGAAGAAUCUCCAGAGAAGUUGAAAGUACAAACAGCACCUAAAAUCGAAGAGGAACAGGAUUUAAAAUUUCAAAUUGGAGAACUCGCAAAUACCCUGACAAGUAAAUUUGAAUUCCUAGGCAUUAAUAGACAGUCCAUCUCCAACUUUCAUGUGCUCCUCUUACAGACUGAGACUCGGAUUGCAGAUUGGCGGGAAGGGGCUCUUAAUGGAAACUACCUUAAACGAAAACUACAGGAUGCAGCAGAACAACUAAAACAGUAUGAAAUAAACGCCACUCCUAAAGGCUGGUCCUGCCACUGGGACAGGGAUCAUAGACGAUAUUUCUAUGUAAACGAACAUUCGGGCGAGUCUCAGUGGGAGUUCCCAGAUGGUGAAGAGGAGGAUGAAAGCCAAGCACAAGAACAUAGAGACGAGACUCUUCCUAAGCAGACGUUGAAAGACAAAACUGGAACUGAGUCAAAUUCUACAGACGCCUCCGAGAAUGCCGCAGGUUCUCUUUGUAAAGAAGCUUUUUCUGUUCAAGUUUCUUCUUCAUCACUCAUGCCACUCACUCCAUUCUGGACCCUUCUUCAGUCAAAUGUGCCUGUGCUUCAGCCUCCAUUACCACUGGAAAUGCCACCACCCCCACCUCCACCCCCAGAGUCCCCUCCUCCUCCUCCACCACCGCCCCCUCCUCCUCCGGCAGAAGAUGGAGAAAUCCAGGAGGUAGAAAUGGAGGAUGAGGGAAGUGAGGAGCCUCCUGCCCCAGGAACAGAGGAGGACACUCCAUUGAAACCUUCCACGCAAACUACAGUUGUGACUAGCCAGAGUUCAGUUGAUACUACAAUCUCCAGUUCACCUUCCACUAAGGCAGUAAAGAGAAAAGCUACAGAAAUGACUACUGCAGUUGUUCAGAGAUCAGCUACCAUCGGUAGUUCUCCUGUCCUCUACAGCCAGUCAGCUUUAGUUGCAAGUCACCAGGCGACAGGGAUUGGUCAUGGGGCUGCAGGGAUUGGACACCAGGCACUGUCAGUUAGUCAUCCAGCAACAGGAAUGGGUCAUCAGACCAGAGGGAUGAGCCUCCAAUCAAAUUACCUAGGACUGGCAGCAGCCCCAGCAAUCUUGAGCUAUGCUGAAUGUUCUGUCCCAAUCGGAGUCACUGCUUCCACUCUGCAGCCAAUUCAGGCCCGAAGUGCUGUUCCUGCCACGGCGAUUAUUGAACCACCGCCACCUCCACCACCCCCUCCUCCACCUCCACCACCACCUACUCCCAAAGUACCACCACCUGACAAGACAAAGAAGGGAAAGAAAGAUAAGGCAAAGAAAAGCAAAACCAAAAUGCCUUCUCUGGUUAAAAAGUGGCAGAGUAUCCAGCGUGAGUUAGAUGAAGAAGAGAACUCUAGUUCCAGUGAAGAGGACCGGGAAUCAACUGCUCAGAAGCGUAUUGAAGAAUGGAAACAGCAGCAGCUUGUCAGUGGCAUGGCAGAAAGAAAUGCAAAUUUUGAAGCCCUUCCUGAAGAUUGGCGAGCACGACUAAAGAGAAGAAAAAUGGCACCAAACACUUAGUUUUUUUCCCCUUAAUUUGUUUAUGUUCAGUUCAGUCUUAACCAGUUUUACUUGUCGUCAGUAAACUAUAAAUGUUACGAGGGAGAGCAUAUGAACUUCCUGGAUAAGAGCUUAUAAGUACAAAUUUUCACAACCUGUGAAAUGUAAUUUUUGUUUUCAGAUGGGUGAAGCAAUGGAGUGCUUUGAUCUGGCUGCCUCGAUUCUCACUGGCCCACUCAGCGUGGAGUCUGCUAACCUCAGCAGCCUUGGACACGUCACUCUAGGAUGUGACACCGUGGGGAGUGAGUGACUAAGAGUGAAGGAUUUUCCUGCUUUCAAUAGAGGCUCUUUUAAUUCCUAGUUUGACGCUCUCUCUCAUUAAUUUCUCCAAAACAAGUGCAAUUAAGGCAGCUCUGUAUUUGACAAUGCUUAACGGGUUACCGGAAUCUCUUGCUGACCUCUUCUCCAGUGUGCCACCCCAGAUGUGCAGAGAUAUGGCACAUUGUUCACCUUGUGCCCAUCAUGGGGUCACUCUCUGUCUUUUGUCUCACCACUUCUAGAACAGAUAGCUCAGAUACUUGACACUCUGGGUGGCAGAGUUAACUUCUGAAAUAGACAACAGUAGCAGCAAGCACUCAUAGCCUUGAAUUUCUUCUCCUGUAUGUGGCAGCAAGUGUAACGAGCCAUUCUACAAAUUAGUGUGUCUCCAUUGUUUUACCUUAUCCCCAGAUCCACUUUCCCUUUAGUGUGAAUGUAUCCUCCAUAAAAUUCCAGUAUUUAAAAAGCAGUUUACUGUUCUGUACUUUCUAUUAUAUCACAAUCAGGUAAAAGUCACUUUAAACUGAAGAAAAGGCAAAUUGUGUUUUAAAACUGUUUGUAUUUCUCCAGUUUUUGACCGUGUAAAUUUGUAUAUAUUCACUAAUAAAGCUUUUUUUAUACUUC